GUAUAUCUAUUUAUCCCUUAUCGUACGGAAGCCUUCUCUUGGGACAUCACAGGUAUAAGUUCAAACUGGUCAGUAGCGAUGCGGUUCAAAUCCAUCUUCUGAGGCUCCGCCAUACAUACAAUAUGCAAGUUUCAGCGUCCGCCAUAGUCCCCCUACUUCUCCUCGCUCCUAUGACGACGGCCAUGCCUGUAGGUAAGAGCUCUUUGCUCACAGCAAGGGUACUAGCUCGCGGAUUAGUAAAUGUCCACCACAGUGCUCGAGGAGGCCAGAGAGCUGCCGCACCACCCCGACGUCUCUGGAUUCUGGAGUGCGCCAUACUCACAGUCAGACCCGGAAACUGACUAACUUUCAGCUCAGAGCGCGGGAAAGACAGUCCCAUUCUGCAUCACAAGAUUCACUACGAGGUGAACAUGGAGUAGCGCUAGGCCUAGCACGCGCAUUAGCUUGGAGGUCGAGGAGGCAGCGAAGUGGAACCUUGCGUUAGCGAGUCCUACUACCAAGGAAUAACCGCGAUCCGUAGAUGCUAUGGCAUACCUUGCACUGAUUUGAGUCCAUUAGUAAUGGGCUUAUAGGGGACGUCACUUGCACUAAGGCUUUGAAGUGUUUGAUUAGCGCCUGUAUGAUCGCUCUGCUCAUUGGCGCCCAUAACUUUUCUCCCCUGUACCUGCUGAAUCUACCCCCGCUGGAGAAUUUAAUAUCUCCUUUCACCGAGUCCUUGGCUGCUACCUUCGUAUAGUCAUCUUCUGUAACUGCUUGAGCCUCUAGCCGUAAUGGAAGCGUUUCAUCUACUCUCGCGUGGAGGUGCCCUAUUCGACAAGAAGCGAUUCAAGAAGGAUGUGCAACUGUUCGACAAAUCCAAAAAUCAGGACAAGGGCAAGGGCAUAGCAAAGCCCGCCACGGACGGCGAGCUCCCCAGGGAGCUAGACUUCUUCAAAUACGCUCAGGGCGGAUCGACGAAGCGAAAGACAGAGUCAGACCCGCAGACAACGAUCAAGAAAGCACGCUUGGAAGAGGACAUGGAAGCUGACGAGGGCACCGAGGAUAUCAAGGCGGCAGAGGACGGCGAACCGUCGAGCUCUAUGUCGCGACAACGGGUGACUGCGAAGGGGAACAGCGUGCCUGCAGCGGUGGAAAGCUUUGAGGAACUGAUGGAGAGAUAUAACAUCCCGGGAAAGCUGCUGCAGAAUUUGGAGGCAAGCGGAUACGGACAGCCCACGGGUAUUCAGGCGCAUGGCGUGCCUAUCCUCCUGGAGCACCGAGACCUUGCUGCAAUAUCGCCCACAGGGACGGGCAAAACGCUUUCGUACCUCCUUCCCGUCUUUGCAUCCCUUGGUGCACCCAGCUCUAGCUCAGACUCCGAGCAUGGACAGGGCGUCCGCGCUCUGGUUCUUGCGCCAACUCGUGAAUUGGCCCACCAAAUACAUAACGAAUGCCUUAAAUUAGCUCAAGGACGCAAGUGGCGGAUUGUCCUGUUCAGCAAGGCGACAGCGGCUACACUUGCGGACAAGAACGCACAAGAUAAAGUGGAUAUUGUAAUCAGUACGCCAUUACGGAUGGUCGCCGCCCUGCAGUCAGGCAACCUUAAGCUGAGCAACGUGCGUCAUCUAGUUCUGGAUGAAGCUGAUCGUAUGCUGGAUCCUGAAUUCUUGGAACAAAUACGAGAGAUCAUAGCCGCAUGUAGCUAUCCCCGAGUACAGAAGGCUGUAUUCAGCGCGACGCUUCCUGCGAACGCGGAAAGGAUAGCUAUGGACAUGAUGACCAAUCCUAUACGAGUCGUUGUCGGUCUAAAAGACACACCGCUGCCGUUAAUUGCCCAAUCGCUGACUUACGUACAUGACGACUCCUCGAAGCUGCCUACAUUGCUGCAGUACCUUGCACAACCCUACAACCCACCUGUUCUGGUGUUCGUAUCGACGCAACCGCGCGCAUCAUCACUCGCCGAAGAGCUUGUGCUAAACGACAUUCAAAAUGUCGACUGUCUCCAUGCGGGCAUGAGCAAGAAGGAGCGAGAGGAUGCUGUGUCGCGCAUGCGCAAGGGUGAAAGCUGGGUGAUGGUGACUACAGAGGUUAUGGCACGUGGUAUGGACUUCAAAGGCGUGCGCGAGGUCAUCAACUACGACUUCCCCCAAAGUGUGCAGAGCUAUGUCCACCGCAUCGGUCGUACGGGACGUGCCGGCAGAGAGGGCAAGGCCGUUACUUACUUCACAGAUGAAGACGCUCCCUUCUUGAAGACCAUCGCGAACGUUAUCCUCCAAUCUGGGUCGACUGUGCCGGAAUGGAUCCUCAAGCUGCCCAAGCCGUCCAAAAUGAAGCGGCGCGAGAUGGGCAAGGUAAAGCGCGCAGAUGCGGUCAACUCUGCUCGCCGAAUCGGCAGGCAAGAGGCAAUCAAGAAGAGGUGCAUGGUCAAAGCGUCGAAGAGGCGGAAGGAGCGCGUGAUACAGAUAGCCCAUCCACAACGCGGCGACGGGAAGCCUUCGGAAGCCGCUGAGAAUGCAGAGUAGGGCCGGGAGCAUCGAUUUAUGUCCUUAGGGUCAGCGUGUAUGCGUCAGGAACUACCUUGCGAGUAACAAUCGCUACCCCAACUGAGACUGCAUUGUUC